CAGCAGCGACGCUCCGCCCCCUAAACCCCCUAACCUCCCGCCCUGUUUGGAAGCAGGUUGCGUCAAAACGCUCCUCCUCAGAAUCUCUAGUCUGCCGCUGUGCUUUCAUCCUAAAGAGUGCAUGCAGAAUGGAGGGGCUGUUAGAAUGAUUGGCUGUGGCAUCAGGACUACUGGUUCCCCCCUGGCAUUGGCUGGAAGGACAUGGAGGUGGGGGUGGAGGUGGGCCAGGGGAGGGCUCGCUACCCGAUGCCCAGAGACCUCCUGGUCACCCUGCCUCUGGCCCUCUGCUUCAUCGCCCUCCGGUGCGUGUUCGAGAGGAUCAUAGCACUCCCUCUAAGCACACGUUUGGGUGUGAAGGACCGGAUCUGGACUGAAGCCCCGUCGAUCCCCAGACUGGAGGCCUUCUGCAAGCAGAACAACCGACAGCCUUCCCAGAGUGAGCUGGUGGGUCUGGCCAGGCAGUGUGGACUCUCUCAGCGACAGAUCCAGACCUGGUUCAGACACAGACGGAACCAACAGCGCCCGAGCAAUACCAGGAAGUUCUGCGAGGCCUCUUGGAGAUUUGUCUUCUACCUUGUAGCGUUCACUGCAGGCCUAGCCUCUCUGAUAGAUACAAAAUGGUUCUGGGACUCCAGAGAGUGCUGGAACGGCUACCCCAAACAGCCGGUGGCAGAAGCUCACUACUGGUAUUACAUCAUGGAGCUGGGAUUCUACUUGUCCCUCCUGCUGUGCGUGUCUGUGGAUGUGAAGCGAAAGGAUUUCAAGGAGCAGAUUGUUCAUCACAUCGCUACCAUAUUCCUCAUCGGCUUCUCCUACUGCGCCAACUUCCUGAGAGUGGGCACUCUGGUGAUGCUGCUGCACGACUCCUCAGACUUCUUCCUCGAGUCUGCAAAGAUGUUCAACUACGCUGGCUGGAGAAAGACAUGCGACAUACUGUUUAUCCUCUUCUCUGUCGUCUUCCUGGUGACUAGACUGGUCAUAUUCCCUGGCAGGAUGAUCUACUCCACCAUGGUAGAAUCUCUGGACUACUUCGACCCGUUCCCUGGGUACUUCUUCCUCAACGCCCUGCUGCUGGUGCUCCAGGCUCUCCACAUCUUCUGGGCCUACCUCAUCCUGCGGAUGGUCCACAAGUUUGUCUUCCAGGGCAAGGUGGAAAAAGACGAGCGCAGCGACGAAGAGAGCGGGGAAGACGAGGAGGAGGAGGAGGACGACGACGACGAAGAGGAGUGGCCCGAGGAGGGAGGGGAUGAAGGCUGCUGGGGGAGGAGCGAGGGAAAGGGUGCGAUGAACUCUAAAUCGGCGUCCCUGGCCGACCACUGUGUUCUGAACACUCUGACCCACCGGCGGAGCUCCAACAGCCCCUGGCCCAAAGCGAGGUAGUGACCCUGCCCCCCUCCACCCCCUCCACCCCGACUCCCACGUAUCCCCCACUGCUCCGUCCCCUCAACCCCAACCCUCCGCUUCCACCACCAUCUGUUCAGCAUCAUCAGAUAAUAGGUGUGUCACUGUUUCACCCCACACACACACACACACACAGACACACACACACACACACACACACACACACACACACACAGAAGGUCUCGUCACUGGGGAUACUAGACGCUGGUGUCGUUUUCAUUCAUAACCACUAAAGGAAAUUCUCCUGGGUUUUAUUUGCAUGGCUGUGUACAGUUUGUGGUUUAGUAGCUGACUCUAUGACCUCUGUCUUCUACCUUCACUGCGGUUGUAGUAGUAGUAUUAGUAGUAGAAGUAGUAGUAGUAGUAUUAUUAGUAGGUAUUUCAUACUAGUUAGAAUCCUCAGAAACAACACUUAUUUAAUCUGCUGGCUUUGAAACACAGAUUGUUUGUGUGUUUUAGUUGUGGUGUAUAAGGUGUGUGUAUAAGGUAGUACAAUCAUCAAUACAUUAAUGGAGGCGAGCUAUUUAAACCUUGAUAUAGUACGGACCUAUCCAGACAAAACUCUGAGGGGGAAUCGUCAGUUAUGGCGAUGAUAAUUGCACCAGAGAUCCUCUAGAGGCGCAUACGUUUUCUACUACGGACAUUGUCAGAGUCGCACGGACACAACUAUUAAACAAAAUAUUACUCUCAUCCAAUAAAAAUAUAUAAAUGCUGCGGACACAUCUGAAAUCCUCUUAUCUGAUCCAUUAUCAAGUCCAGCCCAGAUGAUUACUCAUCUUCAUCCAUGUACUUAACUUCUACAAUACAUCUAUGCAUUCAGUUCAAUGUUACGCUGGUUUGUAAACUGCCAACUGAAGAAAAAUGGAUUGUCAUAACGUAUUUGAUAAACUACUGUGUAGCCUCUCUUUUUUCCAUCUUAUCGGCUGAACCGAUCAUAAUCAAUCAAUCAAUAACCGCUCUAUAAUUAGCAUUAUCGUUGUAUAUAGAAUUGCUGCCUAAGAAUUUGCUAAUGAAUUAUCUGAUGUACAGAAAAGCGUUUAGGUUGGUUCAGAGAGUAGAGGGUUCACUCUAGUUAGAUUCUCUCUAAAUGGCCCUGGGUUGGUUGAGUUUCUUUUGAGUACCUUUGGCGCCCCCUAGUGCAUCAGCGACUCCUGAAUUGGUGUUCCAAUUAACUGAUAUGCCUUUUAAGAAGUGAUUUAAAGUCGGGACUUCUAAAUUAUGUAUGGUAUUUCCUGUUGAUUCUCUGUGCGAAAAAAGAGUGGAUUAUUAUGGUUGGUUCUCGCUGCAAGUUUGAAUUCAGUUAUUCUUGCUAAAGGACUUCGUUUUGUGCCUUGACUCCUGUUUUGUCCCAGCGCCUUGUUCUUUAGCUAUUUGUGCUAAUAGAUAGCUUUACUUUAUAAGCAGAAAGACAAGGAUUUGCUGGUCUGUGUGAGAUUCUGAAGCCAGACAGUGCCUUGAUAAGCUUUGCAUUAAAGUACCCUGUGUGGAAAUGUGAAAACAUUUUGCUUACAACUUUCCUGGAGCCUAUUUUUUAGAGAUUCAGUGUGUGUGUGUGUGUGUGUGUGUGUGUGUGUGUGUGUGUGUGUGUGUGUGUGUGUGUGUGUGUGUGUGUGUAUAGAGGGAAAGGAAGGACUCUCUUAUAUAUGAAGAUAUUAAAUUAAUUUUAAGAAAGAAACCUUUCAGAUGAUUAAACUGGAUUCUGCCACAAUCCCUGGAAUCUAGUUGUCCUUUCCACUCCAAUACACAGAGGUAUUGGUCUACAAAAUAACCCCUCUCCUUUGAAACAUGAAUGAGGUUGAAUUCUAAGCUUGAAGACAACAUUACUAUGUUGUUGAUAGGCUUCAAACCACUCAGCAUUUAUGUGAAUCCCCACAGUAUGUAUCACAAUUGUAUAAAUCCUUUCUUUAAUGUGUCAAGGAAUGUAUUUUUCUUGGUUUGUUUGUCUGAAUGAGGAAACAAAAGGGCUCAUCAAUUCCCUGUAAUGUCUGAAGACUGAUUAGGCAACCUUUAUUUAAUAAGGGAAAUAACUACAAGUUUAUGAUGCUUUUACACAAGGGAUGCCAAUAAGUAACAGGUAUUUUUUUUCAAAAAUGCACAUUUGUCAAAGUUUGCUCUGUCUCUUCAUCGUUGUUAAUAAAGAGCUUCUUUUGAAAAUUGUAAACAAUGAAUGUUGCUAUACUUUUUUAAUUUUCCUCUCAGAGACAGCUGCUCGAGCCCAUAGAUUAACUCUUUCUUUUUUCAUCACUGGUGAUGAAUCACAAAGCUUGAUCUAAGAGAAAAAGGUAAAUCAUUACAAAUAUAACCUCUGCAACAUGGGUGUAAAAAACAACUUGGUUCUUAUGAAGGUAAGUACUUCAACUGUGCUAGAAAAAGACUACCAUCCUGAAUGCUUACUGUUAUUUCUCUCCCUCUUAAAAUAAAGAUGGAUUGAUUUUAAA